AUGAAUAUUAUUCGAUUCACUGUUUUAAUUAUAGUAAAGUUUUUAAUUAAACUUUUUACCUUACGAAAGCAAAAAAACGAACAACUACCAGAAUAUACCAAAGAAGAUGUUGCUAAACACGAAAAAGAUUUAUGGAUCGUUAUUGAUAAUGAUAUUUACUGUUUAUUGUUAAUGAAAAAUCAUUCUGGUGGUUUGGAAAUUUUGCAAAAAUUUGCUGGGAAAAAUGUAACAAGGCUAUUUUAUGAAAUACAUUUAAAUGGAAAACAAAAUAAACAACUACUUGAUCAAAAAUAUCGUAUUGGUAAAAUUAGUUCGUAUAAUAAUAAUGAAAGACAAGAAUGUAAAUAUUAUUUAAAAAAUCAUUUAGUAUACAAUGAUAUGACAAAAUAUAAUGAAAUUGAAACACCAGACGAAGAAAACGACGUGGAAACAAGCAUCAAUAUAAAACAACAAUUCAGAGAUUACAUAUUUUGUAAAAAUUUUCCAUGUAUAAAUGGUCGAAUAGCGUUUAAGCGAAAUAGUUAUGGUAUUGGUGUGUAUGGAAAGUUGGCUUGCAAAAAAGCAACAAAUCAACUAUGGAAAGAUAUAUUAAAUUUCAUUAACAAACAAUCAGACUUAUGGAAACAAGGUCAUAUGUUUACUACUUAUGUAGCUUGUUUUAAAACUCCAAUCUUUUUAACAGAAUUAAUGUUUGAAGAUUUACUAUGGAAGCAGCUUCAAAUGCUACAUGAAAUCGAUGUGACUAACGGUUUCGAAUGGGAUAAAGAUUAUGCAAAUGAUUCAAUGGAUGCUGAUUUUGGCUUUAGUUUAGGUAGAAGAUCUUUUUUUAUUGUCGGAUUACAUCCAAAUAGUUCUAGAAAAGCACGUCGAUUUAUAAUGCCUGUAAUUGUUUUUAAUUCACAUCAUCAGUUUCGGAAUCUGAAAGAAACUAAUAUGUUUACCAAGGUGCAAACAACUGUAAGAAACUAUGAUCUAAAUCACAAUGGGAGCAUCAAUCCCAAUGUUCUCUCGAAUAGUACAGAUUCAGUAGCAUUUGAGUAUUCUGGCAAAAAAAUUGAACCCGGAUGGAUCCCGAAAUUUACUGCAGUACAGCGAAAAGAAGUUUAA